AUGUCAACCGCAAACUAUACGGAGUUCACAGAGCGAAAAUUGACAGAUUCGUGCACAGAAGAUUUAGCAGGGGAUUUACGUUGGCAUCUAACUUUUCUAUCGGUUGUGAACAUUUUCCUUGCCAUUACAGCCAUUCUUGGGAACACGUUGAUUCUUGUUUCUCUACAUCACGAGUCUUCCCUUCAUCCGCCAUCCAAACUCUUGCUUCGUUGUCUGGCUACAACUGAUCUGUCCGUUGGUCUUAUCUCCCAGCCACUCUCUGUUGCUUUUUGGAUCUCAAUUGUGGUCAGAAACUGGACUUUUUGCCGAUUAUUCAGUAUUCUGACUUUUAUGGCUAGUUACUUAUUGGGUUCCGUUUCUUUGUUGACGCUGACAGUGAUUAGCGUGGAAAGGCUUCUCGCCCUAAUGCUUGGGUUGCGAUACAGACAAGUUGUAACGUGUAGGCGAAUUUCCGUGACUCUGGCUCUUAUCUGGAUAGUAUCUACAGUGGCUGCGAUGAUCUCACGAUGGAAUGCCCUAAUCACAACAUGGUAUGGCUACAUUGGUAUAUCACUGAGUUUAACGACCUCAACUUUUUCCUACUCAAUGAUUUUCUGGAGGCUCCGCCAACACCAAACUCGACUACAUGUACAGACAAAUCAGACGAGUACACUUGAUAUUGCCCGAUACAAAAAGGCUGUCUCGAGUGCAUUGUGGCUGCAGUUGGCAUUAAUAGCUUGCUAUCUGCCAUUUCAAAUUACAGAUAUCAUUUAUGAUCCAGACAAUGUUAAAACAUCAGUCUUUCUCGCCGCUCAAAUCACGUUCAUUUUAGUUUACCUAAAUUCAACAUUAAAUCCCAUUCUUUACUGCUGGAAGAUUGGAGAAGUAAGAGAAGCUGUGAACGACAUAUUAAGGAAAUGGUUUUGUUCAUCAUAGGCUCAUAUAAUUUCUUCACUCCACGAACCAUUUUGGUAACAAUGUAUAUGUGUUAGUGACCAAGUGUGAGGUCGAGAUAAUGGCCGAGUUAAUUUUUUACGUUUUUAUGGAUUGAGACGAUGUUGAGGUCAAUAAAAACGCAAAAAAAGAACGAGGCGAAUAUUCAGCAAUCUUGCCGAACAAGCUUGGUCAAUAAAGGAUUUUUAAUACAGCCAAACAAUGUUUCGAUACGACAAAAAUCAAGAUCGACUUGUUUACUUCAAGAGCCGGGAAAGAAAUCGAACUGCGUUUGUCGCACAAUAACCCAAGUCCAUCAGAACACAGGAUUCGCUUCAAAUUGCCCACGGGCGCUACUGGCUGUAUAAUAAACGUACCUCCUGCAUAUCGACAGAGGAAAAAAAUAAUAACAUAUAAUUUUAAGGUUAUUUUUGUGUUUCGGCUAUUAGAUGAAAAAAGGUCAUUAUGCACAUAUUGUAAUGGUUUAAUUUUGAAGAAAAUUUACCAAUGAUAAUGGUCAAGUUGAUUCUCAUUAAGGACGAUGUAAACGGCAACAUAUGUCUUUCCAUUUGCGUCUUUCAAACGGAAAUUUACCUGUAAAGCAUAUUUCAUUUGAAUCCCUAUAGUAUGAAAUUAAUGUCAUCCCUUGAAAACUUCAAAAUUGGACUAUAAUGAAGAGUUGGCGCCAUCGAUUUGCUUUAAGAAAUAGAAAAUCAGCAGGAUGGAGGAUCUUAAUUGAUCAAAAUAAUAUUCAUUAAUAAUAACAUUGCUUAGUAAUUAUCAGAACGUAAGUCAAAAAUAAAGCAUUGAGAAAGUAGUACAUCAAAGGAAAGAACGCUCCGGGAAAAAAAAAUAGUUAAUUUCCGUUACUUAAAAAUUGUUAUUUUGGUAAAACUCAUAAUAACCGCUUGCUGAGAUUCUAAAGAAAGAAAUGAUUUUUGAUGUUUUUGAAAAUUUAUUUCUUCUGUAAAAAAAUUUUUAAAAAAUUAAGUGACCAGGCCAUACAUCAAUAGCGUCAUAGAGUUCAACCCAAAUGAUUUGAACCACAUCGCGUGAACACAAAUUCGCUUGAUCACAACACGUUUUUUUUCUUUAAAGCACAGUUAUACGUUUCAGAGGAGACAUAUUUGAAUUUGUAUCUCUGAAAGGGCGAGUUGCAUUGCUUCCUGAAACAUUAAGUUUGAUAGGGUCGAGGUUACAUCAUCCUUGUAUAUCUUGACAAAAUUUAGUUGUGCCAUGAAAAGGAAAUUGAUCUUGAAAACUAAUACAAAGCCCUCAGAAGGACUGGUCUUAAUAAAUAUAUUGUGUUAUUUUCUGGGCCCAGUACCCACCAAUUAUUAUUGCAACGGAUCAGAAGGACUUUUUCACAUCUGCCGGAGCGAUACCAGUUCGCUGAUACAAGCGAAAAAUAGAAAGAACGAAAUGAAAACAUUUCGCUAGAAAAAAAUGUACUGGAAAGUCAAACAGAUGAUUUUAGAAGCCAUAUACAGAGAAAGUAUAGCACAAUUGGUCUCAUCAGUGCGUAAAUUAAGUGCACCUGCAGUGCAUCUGUUACUAAAGACAAGUCAGAGGUACCUGCAGAUGGAAAAAUCCCUUAUCUUUUUUAAACAGGUACAACAAAAAUUAAAGCACGGAAACAAGAACCUUGGUUUUCAACUCAAAUGGCGUUGAAAUCUUUGAGGCGUUUUGUUUUAAAUUAGUUCGUCUUCGCUCUUGAAAAGCAAACAAAAAUGAAACUGUCAACAAACUGAUAGGUUUACUUUCAAAAUGUCUAUUUUGUUUCAGUCGAACAAUUUUAAUUUAAUGGGUCUGUGAUACGAUUUCUGGAUUCAAAUUGCCGCUACACUGAGAUAUCCACGGAUUUAAAGCCUUUUGUGAGUUUUUUUUCCUUUAUUUUUCCUUAAUUUUUUGUUACAAAUAAUUAUGCACAGCAUGCACGUUUAUCUAUCGCCAAGUUUGCGCUAAUUUAAAUCCGAUAUUUGUAUUUUGUUUCAGUUGAACAAUUUUAGUUUAAUGGGUCUGUGAUACGAUUUUCUGGAUUCAAAUUGCCGCGAGACUGAGAUAUCCACGGAUUAAAAGCCUUUUUCAGUUUUUUCCUUUGUUUCCCUUGGUUUUUUUUUACAAAUGAUUAUGCAAAGCAUGCACGUAACUGAAUUACAUGACAGUAGACAUUUUAUGUAGAUUCUUCUCGAAACUACACUAUGAACGGAUGUAAACUUCCAAACUUUAAACUUCUAUCUAAACUUCCAAUAGCCAUCAGCCAUUUAAAAGGUGUUCGAACGAAAAUAUACGAAAUAGUCACCGAUAUGGACAGACGUAAUAACUUCGCGCUGGAAAAACAAGGAUUUUAUUUGCAAUUGAGGUAAUCGAUUUAGCCGUACGUGACUCGGCAGUAGUUGUUUACGUGUGUAAAUAUGAAAAUAAAAUUAAUUAGCCGUAAAAUAAUGUAUUGAAAUAAGAGCAAUUUUAUAGCUGUUUACACUAAUUAGCUAACCAGAAGUCGAGUGAAUUUCUGUACAGAUGCAGCGGGCUGCUUUCAGUUCACUUUUUUUUCAAGCCUAUAUAAGGGAAUACUGCGAUUCAAUGAUCCUUCAGGGGCCUUCUGUUUACCUGCGGUCAAAUAACUGACAGUCCUAUUAAUUUAUUGCCUACAACUGACUUGCCCGCGGUACUUUUCUUGUAUUCGCAAGAACAUCUGCAUUUAACUUACUGGAUACCGGUGAAAAACGAUCUGCAAAACAUAAGCCGAUUCUGAGGCACCGACUGUUAACUAUUACCGACCGGCAGUCCUGUAGAUUUCAACUCUUGUGGUAAAAUAGAAGGAAAUUGUUCACAUCAAACUAAACGAAAUGAGUGGACAAAAUCUGACAGUUUCAUGUUCGGAAGGUUCACUGGGGAAUUUACACCUGCAAUUGACAUUUCUGUUGGUUUUAAAUAUUUUCCUCGCCAUUGUAACCAUCUUGGGGAACAAGCUGAUUCUUGUUGCUCUACACCAUGAGUCUUCCCUUCAUCCGCCGUCUAAACUCUUGCUUCGUGGUCUGGCCACCACUGAUCUUUGCGUCGGACUAAUCUCCCAGCCUGUUUGUGUUGCCUUUUGGGUCUCAAUUGUAGUAAAAAACUGGACCAUUUGUCGAUACUCGAAAAUGUUGCGUUUUAUCCUGGGUUACCUUCUAGGUUCUGUGUCUUUGCUGACGUUGACUGCAAUCAGUGUUGAUCGACUGUUGUUUAAGGUUGCGAUACAGACAAGUUGUAACCUUAAAGCGAACAUACUUGAUUUUAGCUGUCAUUUGGGUAAUUUCAACUUUCGCUGUGGUAAUCUCACUUUGGAACGACCUUAUCACAACAUGGUAUGGCUACAUUGGAAUAUCACUGUGUUUAGUUAUCUCAUCGUUUUCGUACUCAAUCAUUUUCUGGAAACUCCGCCAACAUCAAACUCAACCGCAUGUACAUACAAAUGCGGAGACAAGUCCACUGAACGUCACGCGAUAUAA